GGAGUGUAGUUUGAGUCAUCUAUGAUUAAGUGAAUAACUUAUAUUAAUCAAUUUCUCUGUUUCAAGGGCUUCUUGCAAUUUUACGGGCUCCCUCAUUAUUACUCUGUGAUAGGACCAGCGCCGCGUAAUGAAGCUUUAACGGUUCCGGAGUAUGCUCCAGCUCCACGGGUUGCGGUGGAUGGUCCGGCGUUUCAGUUGUCGACACUUCCUGUGAUAGGGACAAGAGUAACAGAUGGGGUGGUCUUCAGUGUCUCUGUUGAGGUUAAGGAUUUCUAUAUUGUACCCCAAGAUAUACUAUACGCUGUAGGUGAGCAUGGUAUAGCGUUGUGCAGUCAUGAUAAUCGUCGGGCACUUGAAAUGCGGGAACACAAGACUACGAGUUGGUGGAAAUCGAUGAUAUGGAAGUUCUGGCCAGAAAGUGCCAGAUCAGGCUAAGGGGAUUGCGUGCACCCAAAAUUGGAACGGAGUAUGGGAUUGAGGCUAGGGAUGAGCUCGCAAAGAUGGUCGAUGGCAAGUGUUUGACGAUUGUAGUCUACAAUUUAGAUGAUGAAAAGCGUUGUGUUGGAGACGUUUACUCCAUCGACAACUCUCUAAAGGACAUAUUGUUGAGGAAAGGAGAUGAAUUGCCUUGGAGGUGGGAGGCAGAUUAGCAGUAACCAGGCCUAAAGUUGUACCCAGGCAGUCAAAUGGAGAAGGGGUAGAGAAUGAGUAAAUUAUCAAGGUAAGUAUAUGUUAUGAAAGAAGAUGUUAAGAUCAAGUGAACCUAACUCGCUUUGUAAUUACUAUUUUAUUAAUGUUAUAUUACAUGUUGAAAAAUCUUAAUUGGAACUUAUU